GAAAAAAAUUGUUCUGUCUGUGAAAUGAUUGGUUCAUGCGUCGACCAAUCAGAAACAAGAUCAUAUACUAGAGAAUGCUUUACAAUUGUCUUUAACCAAACGUUCAUCGUACUUAGUUUAUUGCGUGUCGUUAGAGGUUAUGUUACUUUACUAACUAUCUGAAUAUACAUUUAAUUACACAAAUUUUUACAAAUAUUAUAAAGUAUGUCUAGAAAAAAGUUAGUGUCAUACAUUAGGCCUGAAGAGCCAAAAUUUUUAAGAGAAUUAAAAGAACAGAUUAAAUACAAGGAAGGACCAACAAUUAAUACAAAGAAAGAAAUUUUGUCACGUGUCUCUGACAAUGAAGAGGAAGAUAUAGAAGGAGAGAAGCCUCUUGUUGUUGUAUUAAAUUCAGGAGACUUAACUGCGGAAGAAGCAGAAGCUUAUGAAAAACAAAAACAAAAAGAGGAAGCUGAAGCUCCGAUUGAUUUGUCUAAACGUGUAAUAUUUAAUAAAGAUAAAUUGAAAAAGAGACAUUCAGAUACGAUUGACGGAUCUGCUAAUAAAAAAGUUAAAAAGAGCAAACACAAGAAAGCUGUUUUAUCGUUUAACGAUGAAGAGGAAGAAAGUUUAGGAUAAGGUGUAAUAUGUGUGUGUGUGUGUGUGUGUGUGUGUGUGUGUGUGUGUGUGUGUGUGUGUAUGUGUGCGUGUGUGUGUGUGUGUGUAAAUAUUAUAUUUA